GCCUUUCGCAGGGGAAAGACGCUUAGUGGCUUCUGUUUGCCACCCUUCAGUAAGGGAAGAGUGACUUUGGUACCACACACUUCUGCUCAUGUACCAAGAUACCAUGAGUGGAUGAAAUCAGAAGAGCUACAGCGCCUGACUGCAUCUGGGCCACUAAGCCUGGAACAGAAAUAUGAGAUGCGGUGCAGCUGGCAAGAGGAUACUGACAAAUGCACAUUUAUAAUACAUGGUACAGAUAAGUGGUCCAGGCAGUUAGGAAGUGGUCCAGGCAGUGAGGAAGUCCAGGCAAGUGGGGAAGACUGCAUGGUGGGAAAUGUAAAUUUGUUCCUCACAGACUCUGAAGAUCCAACAUUGGGAAAGAUUGAAGUCAUGAUUGGAGAGGCCAGCUACUGUGGAAGAGGUUUUGGUAAGGAAGCCACUCAGAUCCUGAUGUCCUAUGGAAUGACAUGCCUAGGACUUGUCACCUUUGAAGCUAAAAUAGGAUUAGAAAACAAAGCCAGUAUCAGCAUGUUCAAAAAGCUUCAUUUUAAGGAGGUGGGAGUAAACAGUGUCUUCCAAGAAAUUACUCUCAGAUUAAAGGUGGAUGAACAGGGAGAAUGGUUACUUGAGCAAACCAGCCAUGUGGAUGAAAAAAAAUAUAGUAUCAUGAAACUACAGAAUCAGGCUUGUAAUCGUUGAUAGCAUUUUUGGAUGCAUGGGCUUCCUAAGUCUUUCCCAAGGCUGGAUUUCAAAGCAUCAGU